GGGAGGCGGCUGAGGGGAGCCGGGAGGCGCCGGGCCGGGCAGGCCGCGGCCUCCGCUCCUCCCUCCUCUCUUCCCUCUUCUCUUCCCUCCUCUCACGCCUCCCACCCGGAGCCCCGUUGUGCCCGCGGUGAGGAGAUGGAAGCUGCGGGCCCGGGGCAGAGCGGAGCCGCGAGGGAGCUGAGACUGCACUUAGUUACCUGGAAUGUAGGCACAGCUUCUCCACCUCCUGAUGUCACUAGUUUACUCCAGCUCGAUUCAGAGAGCCCAACUGUUGAUAUGUAUGUUAUAGGCUUACAGGAGGUGAACUCAAGAAUCACAAAUUUUCUGUCUGAUUUGGCAUUCGAUGAUCCAUGGAGCAUUUUUUUCAUGAGUGUAUUGUCUCCUUUGGGAUUUGUCAAGCUCUCCUCGGUUCGCAUGCAGGGCUUGCUGCUGCUGGUCUUUGUGAGGCACGUGCACCUCCCCUUCCUGCGGGACGUUCACACUCACUACACACGCACAGGCCUCUAUGGAUACUGGGGGAACAAAGGAGGAGUCACUGUUCGCAUGUCCGUCUAUGGUCAUACAGUUUGUUUCAUGAACUGCCACUUGCCAGCUCACAUAGAGAACACCGAGCAGCGACUGGAUGACUUUGAGAAGAUUCUGGAAAUGCAGUUUGAAGGAGAAGAUAUUCCAAGUACCUUGGAUCAUGAUGUUCUCUUCUGGUUUGGAGACCUGAACUUCCGGAUAGCAGACUAUGGCAUCCACUUCGUCCGAGAAUCAAUAAACAACAAGCGCUACAAUUUGCUGUGGGAAAAGGACCAGUUAAAUAUGGCAAAAAAGAAGGAGCCAUUUCUUCAGGACUUCAUAGAGGGUCCUCUACAGUUUAAACCCACCUACAAGUUUGACCGUCAUUCAGAAGUAUAUGAUACAAGUGAGAAGAAAAGAAAGCCAGCGUGGACUGAUAGAAUUCUUUGGAGAGUGAAAAAUCUCAGUCAUCGUGCACCUAAAGAAGGCGAAAUCACUGAAGAACAGACAAUUUCUGUUACUUUGAAUAACUAUAUCAGUCACAUGAGCUAUGGCAUCAGCGACCACAAACCUGUGACAGGAACUUUUAUGCUUGAGAUGAAGCCUCUUGUAUCAGAACCUUUGGUCACACUGAACCCUGAGGGUGUGUGGAGCGCGGAACGUGAUGUUCUGAUCAACUAUUCUGCAGUGCCUGACUUCCCAAGCAGUGCUUGGGACUGGAUUGGACUCUUCAAGGUAACUUUCAGGCAUGUGAAUGACUAUGUUACUUAUGCUUGGGUAGAAGAUGAUGAAAUUUCUUCUAACGAAAACAGUAAACAGGUUUACAUGAGUGCUGCAGAAAUACCUGAUAAUGGAGGAGAAUUUUUGCUUUGUUAUUAUAGCAAUAAUUUGCAGUCAGUAGUUGGUGUCAGCCAGCCUUUUCAGAUUCAGCCCAACAGAACAUUAAUAGGAAAGGAUGUGACACAGGAAGAGAAGUGGAGGCAGGAACCUGACAGUCGAACCACGUAACGAGUUCUGAAGGCAGAAAGGACAUUUACUGGUCCUAAUUCAGGAGUCAUAUGAUUCUUUAUGUCUUAGUGAUUAUAAGCUUUUACUCUUAGAAGACAGAGUAAGUGCAAGUAAGACAGGUAGGAUUGUUCAGAAACUUUGUAAGCUUAUAGAAGAUAAUUUAUUGUGGAAACAGAUAUUUUAUUGUUAUGGGGAGAGUAACUCUCUUGCACUGGAUGAGAACUGUUAAAAUAGCAUGUGUUAGUAGUAUGUUUCAAGGUGAUAGGCAUUUCUAACCCAAUUAUUUUACCUAAGUUGCCAUCUAUAAUAGAUUUUAGGCUUGCUCCUUUUUUUGUAAAGGAUAUUUUAUUUACCAUAUUUACUAUGCUGUAGAUACUUAGGAGCUGAUUUCCAAAGUUUGAGUUUAAAUGAAGUUAUUAAAAAAUUAUUUAUUAGAUACAGCUUGUUAGCUUGUUUUAAAAUUUUUGUUUGACUUUCAGAUGUAAACUAGUUACCUUCUGGGAAACACACAUGGCAACAGGUCACAUGAAAAAAAUCUUUCAUGGAAUCAUUUUGGUUGGAAAAGACCUUUAAGAUCAUCAAAUCCAACCAUGCUUUUUGGUAGUAGAUCCCUUUUCUUCAUGCCUUACUGAUAACUGUAAGAUUUUCCAUCUUGAUUUUUCCAGAUUGAUACACAUUUAUCAAAACACAUUUUUCCUGAUUUUUUAAAAAUUUAUUCUUCUUUUAUAAAACAAUUUAGCAAUUUCCCUAUUGUGUUUCUUCCUUGAUUUUUUUUUUUUUUUAAAGUAAAACCCCCAUAUUUUUAUACUAGUCCCUGGCUCAGUGUUAACCAGGAUCCCACAAUUUCUGAAAGAAAUGCCUUAGCAUAAGUGAACAAACCAUGGCAAAAAGCUUAUGAUCAUGGUAGUAACCCCAGUUGUUUUCUGUUGUCAUUCUGAAUUUAGAAAUCUAAAGCCAAAUUUAAGUGCUGCCCUGAUACUAUCCUGCCACAUAAUUGCUACAUUUAAUGCUGGGAUUAUGUGAAUUAUAAAUGGGAAAAUUCAAUGGAACAGAAUUCUUUCUUACGGCAUAACCUGUGCUGCCAAAAUUGUAAAUCUCUUUCAUUUAUAGCAAUCAGUCUGGAAAAUUUCUAUUUUUCUAGAGGUGCUUAAACCUUAAUUUAUCCUGUGCACUUAAUGGUGAAGAUGGAAUAAGAAACAUUGUGUACCUUUGGAAACCUGAAAGGUAGUUAGCUUCUUGAUGAGGAAAUGGAGAUGAUUUGAAAGGAUUGUAAGAGGCAACAACAUUCCACAGAAUCUCAGACUGCAGUGCCAGAAAACAGCACUUGUGAGUCUCUCAUGUUCUAGAUAGACACCUUCGAGCUACCUACUGUGGAUGGUAAGUAGAGUUAGUUACUAAUCACUGUCAUGUUGGUUAUGGAUGGAAAAGAGAAAAUCUGGUUCAGGUGAAAGAGCAGAACAAAGGAUGUUGGUGUGUUUAUGCUGGAAUAUUGCUUCAGAACUGAACUGAUUUUUUUCUUACUGUUUUUCUCAAAGCCUUAGUUUUUUCAGGAUUCUUUUGAGACAGAAAGUUAACACCUUGGUAUAACAUUUGUUCUGCAGUUACUUGCUUAUAUCAUCCACUGUAUAAAAUCUGGGGUCCAGGUGUCUUUGUAUACUGCAGAAACUAUAACCUAGAUUAGCUAGUCAGGUAGCUGCAGUGGGGGGGUGUUUAAGAACACCCAGCCCAGUAAGUAUUAGUUGUAUCUCAACUUAAUGCUUGGUGUUGGGAACUGUUUCCAGUUGUAAGUAGUGAGGGCAGGUUCAGAGGAUACUGUGUUCAUUGCAUGGAUUAAAACUGCCUUGAGGUUUACAGUUUGUACAUUCCUGUUACACUUUGGAACAAUAUUUGAAACACUUUCACAUUUGUACCAGUCUUAAAGAAUUUGUUUUGCACUGAAUCUUUCAGAUCUGUGACUUUCCAUGGCAAUUAGGGCAUCAGACCAAUCCCUGUGGAAUUGCAGAGAUUUUGCAGUUCUUGAGUUGUACUCUUUUUCUUACUUGACUCGUGUAACUGUAUGACUGCACUCCACACAUAGAGAAUCUUUGGAGAGCUCAAAGAACAGUGGUCUUGGAAUGUGAGACUACAGCUGGCCUUUUAUUGUGGACCAAGACCCAGUGUCUUCUAUCUGGGUGCAUCUGCUGUUCCUAAGCAGCUCCGAGGGGGAGCCAAACAGCCACUGUCCAUGGGCAAGAAACUCAAGAUCCGUAACGUUGUCCCGAGCUGAUAAUCCUCGCAGGCACUGGACGUACAAGCUGCAUUUUGUAAACUAAUCCUUUGAACCACAGGACUGCACUGAAAAUGCCCACAGCAGCUCUGACUGAAUCUCCUUGUGUGUUGUUAGGAUGCAGCACAGAACUGUAUAUUUCUUUCUUGAGUAUUAUGCACACAGUAGCACUUUUGUUUACUACUGUUACCUGUGGUAGCUUUUCAGAUUAUUCUAUGACCUGUAAUGAUGCAAUUUCUGAUGAAAUUUAUCUUUCUUAAAGCACCUUCAGUGGGUUGUUAUAAUCACUGGAAAUGUUUUUAUACUCGUGUUUUCUUUUCAUGUACCACUAAAAUAAAUCCUGGCAGUGAAGUGUUCUA